AUGGAGUUCCCGUACGGCCCCGGCUACGACCAGUACGGCCGCACCAUCGGCCUUCGACGCCGUUCCAGCACUUCCCAUGUCGCCCUCCCAGCAUUUCACGCUCCCUCCGCCGCCAUCUCUGUCCCAGCUGCCCGAAGACUGACACUUAGAGGCAUACCUACUCCAUUCACAGACGCCGCUGAGGUAAGCUCACCCGUCUCCAUUCCCUUAUUAGCAAGCUCGGCCUCCAACCUCACACCGCAGUCCUACUUCCUCAACACCCCCUUCGCCCCCGCAACAUUCAGAGCCUGGAUCCUGACAAGCCGCUCCACUGCCAUCGCCGCGUCCUACGCCCCUUCUACUGCCAGCCUACCCGCUACCAAAGCCAAGAGAAUCAUCUUCGAGCUGCUCGACGCCGCCACCGAGGAGAACCUGGAUCGCAUAAAAGAUAUUGAGACCGCUGUAAAGUUGCUGAAUGAGCUGGAUAUCUGGUGGACAAUGAAGCCAACUCGUGAGGAGAUCGAGGCGGCGAGGUUUCCAGGUAAAGGGGAGCGUGCGGCAGUGAGAAAGGCUGAACAGAAGCGCAAGAAACGUGAGCGAGUGGAAGCGGAGCAAGCAGAAGCCAAGGCAAGGAAAGUGGAGGAGAAAGAAAUGGCAAGAAGGCAAAGAGAAGUGAUGGAGGCGAAGGAGGUUGCGAAAUUUGAACGAGACAAAAUGAGAGGGGAUGAGGUAUUUGAGCUGGAGAACUACAUAGCUAUCCGAGACCCGGAGCAAGCAAGACAGCUAUAA